CCGAACGGGUCAAUGUCUGAGGAGGCUUCGAAAAAUUCGUAAGUGGUGUGGUGUUCGUGUGCACGGUGAGGAAGAGAAAACGUCGUCGUUGAUUGUCGAGGAAUUGGUUUUGCCGCGUAAGUCCAGCUCGCGCCUUUUACCCCUUUCCCGCCGUCAGGCUCGAGACGACGUUCGUAUAGUGGUUUCACGAUUAUCGAAAGCAGAGGUGAACAACGACGGUGACGACGACCUCCCCUCGAGCAACGUCGACACGGACGACGACGAAGACGUCCACGUCGGCGUCAGCACGGUCGAAGCUUGUUUUUCCGCCUAGGAAAGCGGUGUUCGCGACGAAGCGUGCACAAGCCUGGCAAGUCGAUAACGUCGGGCCUGACAAGUCAAGAAGCGCCAGGAGUGACGAGUAGUGACAAGAUUCAAAGUAUAUCGAGAAAGAUAGAGCGAGCGAGAAAGAGUGGUAGUGGAGGAGGUGAGGCAGUAGCGCUUCCCCCGCAUACUCGAAAAGUUCGAGCGUAGAAGUGAGAGAAAACAGUCGAGAGAAUAAGAGAAGCAAGAGAAAGGAAGAAAAGCGAGAGAGUGAGAGAAACGAAAAGAGACGAUUGACGACUACGCCGUUAGACCGAAAAAGAGAGAACGAUUGGAAGAAGUGUACGAUGUAAGAACGACAAGCGUCGUAUAGGUGUAUCGUCAUUGAGAGAAGAAAAAUUCAAAGUGUUGCGGCUGUUGUAGAAGCCACGGUGGCGAGUUACAUAGAAAGAUCACCAACGACGAAGAAAUCCGACCCGUCAGCCGGAUCAUCGUGGAGUUGUACUAUAUAGGAAGGCAAGCAAGUGCGGCGGUGUGCCUCCACUGGCGAACGUGUACGAACCGUUCCGAAAACGUCAACCCCUGCCUCCCCUCGCGGCAUAGCUCUCCGCAACACUCCGCGCCCCCGUCAGGUUAUUAGGUAGUAGAACCGCACUUCUCGGUGCGUGAUACUCCCUGACAGUCAGCGGUUAAUACGAAAGAUUGUCGCAAAUUGUGUCAAUUCGUGUAGUUGGACGCUAUCGACGCGGCGUAUAUCAUAUUCAUUGGUGGAGAAUCGACUAGAUUCCCCAAGGGAAAAGAGAGCAUCGAGUGAAUCGCGUAUCGCGACGGUCAAGUCUAUCGCGCGAAGUUGCUUGUGCGAACGGAGCGUAUAACCCAGUGUGCGUUGUUAACGACGAACGUUUUGCUUGUGAGAGUCGCUGCCGUCACUACCAUUGCCACGCUACAUCGUCAGCGGUUAACAGGAGCGUAAUUCGUCGAAGAAAGUGUCGAGAAAGUGAUCGAAAAUUUCGGCGACCACCGUUUUCCAUUUUCUUUAUUUUAGUGAUUCGAUUAAUCAUCGUGAAGGAGCACACUGUUCUCCGACGUGGUUUCCGUUUUCUGGAUCUUGCGCGCGCUUUGCUCGCUCGUAGCUCUUCCCUUCCAUCUAUCCCUCCUACUCCCUCCCACCCUUCCUCUCUUUUUCUUUCUCUCCCUCCAUCCAUCGAUCGAGCGCGGCCGUGGCGUAAUAUAGAAGAACCGAACCGUGCGGACGUGCAUGCGUGCGUGCGAUGUAAUUAUCGUUCGUGCUGUCAUUGAUGUCCGAGGUGGUGUCGACGACGACAAUAACAACGACGACGGCGACGACGACGACGCGCUGCUGGCUAUCUUCACGUGAGGAAGUGCCACGGCCAGCCGAGGCGGCGACCAGCAUAGGAAUAACUAGAAGCGGCGUUUUAUUCUAAAAAGAUUUGAGUGUCAGGUGGCGGUGGAGAAUCGGGUCAAGAAGAUUUCAGAAUGAGCAGCCGACCGAGGACCACCUCCUUUGCCGAUUGCACCAACGCGCCCACGAAUCCACCCCUGGGUGGCAUGAGAGUCAGCAGUCAUCCGGCUGGUGGUGUAACUUUAAAAAAAGGCGGUGUGAUGUAUAAUGCAGAUAGAGAUGGCAACAAAGUCACAACCGUGGUGGCUACACCUGGUGCUGGUCCAGAUCGUCCCCAAGAGAUCUCCUAUACAGACACUAAAGUAAUCGGUAACGGCAGCUUCGGCGUUGUAUACCUAGCGAAACUAUGUGACACGGAAGAACUGGUCGCCAUCAAAAAAGUUCUCCAAGACAAACGAUUUAAGAACAGGGAGUUACAAAUCAUGCGGCGUCUCGAGCACUGCAACAUUGUAAAACUGAAAUACUUCUUCUACUCCAGUGGCGAUAAGAACAUCUUAAACGCAACUAAUCCAGUUUUUCAUGUGGACAAGGACGAGGUUUAUCUGAACCUAGUGUUGGAAUACAUACCUGAAACAGUGUAUAAAGUCGCUCGGCAUUAUAACAAAAGCAAGCAAACCAUACCGAUAAAUUUCAUUAAGUUGUACAUGUACCAACUGUUCCGCUCUCUGGCAUACAUCCACUCGCUGGGGAUCUGUCACAGGGACAUCAAGCCACAAAAUCUACUCCUGGACCCAGAAUCCGGUGUCUUGAAGCUCUGUGAUUUUGGCUCUGCUAAACAUCUGGUCAAAGGAGAGCCUAAUGUGUCUUACAUCUGUAGUCGUUAUUAUCGCGCACCCGAAUUAAUCUUUGGUGCUAUCGAUUAUACCACGAAGAUUGAUGUGUGGAGCGCAGGCUGUGUAGUUGCGGAAUUGUUGCUCGGCCAACCGAUAUUUCCCGGAGAUAGUGGCGUGGAUCAACUGGUCGAGAUCAUCAAGGUGCUCGGCACACCUACACGCGACCAGAUACGUGAGAUGAAUCCCAACUAUACCGAGUUCAAAUUUCCACAGAUUAAGGCGCACCCGUGGCAAAAGGUGUUCAGGGCACGCACACCCCCGGAAGCGAUGGAGUUGGUCGCUGGACUUUUGGAGUACACGCCAUCCGGCCGGAUCACACCGUUGGAAGCGUGCGCUCAUCCGUUUUUCGACGAACUUCGGGAACAGGGGACGCGAUUACCAAAUGGGCGAGAGCUUCCCCCUUUGUUUAACUUUACAGAGUACGAGCUACGAAUUCAACCGUCGCUAAACUCGAUCCUAAAACCGAAGUACAUGCAGACUUCGGAAAAUCCUGGAGGCCAGUCGGAACCGGUCGCGGGGAGUAGCGGUAACUCUAGUGAUAAUAACGUGAACACCAACACGCUGUCCUCUUCAAAGAACACAGACCCCGGCCAGUCGAACAUGGCUUAAGCUGCUUUCUAUUUUUAACGUUUAAUUAAACAACAAACGAUAGAAAACACGGCGAGAGAGUGAGAAAGAGAGAGGGAGAGGGAGAAAGGGAAAGAGAGAAUGAGAGAAGGAGAAAAAGAGAGAUAUAACGAUAGAAGGAGAGGGAGCGAGAGUGAAAAAGAAAGGAAAAGCCAAGAAUUCGCGUGUUAGAAACUAGCCUUAAAAGAAACGAAAAAAGAAAAAAAUUCAAGUACGGUAUAGCAAGGACGAAAAAAAAAGAAUAGAAGAAAGAUUGAUAUUCUUCUGAGGAGGAUGUCCAUAGACGAUAUAACAUACACAUAACACAAAGAAUCCCCAAUUGUAAAUUUUUUUGAACUCUAUGCAAAUGGCGAUACCAGUGUGGUAUUUUAAGCUUUGUUCGCUUGAAACACGAACGACGAAAUAUUAUAGGAUUAUUGAAUAAAGAAGAUGAAUAGUUCCCCUCUUUAUAACAAUUUUGCCUGAGGACACCUCGAAUUUUGAGUGGCGUGUGCGAACGCUUGAUUGCCACCUUAUUGCCAAAAACAGCAUAACAAACAAUUCAAUUCAAUGUAUAUAUAUGUUAUAGGAACUGGCUCGUAACCUCUUUUAAUUGAUAAUUGCUAUAAACAAAGAAAGAAAGAAACAAAACAACAAAAAAAAAAAAGAAAGAUAAUAACGAACGCGAACUUUUUCUAGUUGAAGACAAACCAAACGAUGUGUAAUCUAUGAUACACUAUGUCUAGUAGCGCGUUACGUUGCUUGCCUCGUCGUCAUCUCAUAAUUCGACAACACACACACGCGCACACACACACACACAAACAGAUACACGAUCAUCGCGAUUAUUAAAGAGAUACAAGAGCCACCUGCCUUUUGACACGGGCUUCGACAAAUUUUAGUGAUUCAAGGAGAAAGAGAUCGCUAGAUUCUCAGCUUUCGCGAAGAACAGUAUGGAUAGGAACCGAGACUCGGACGUUUCCUCUUGAAUGCGUAACAACGAACUGGAAAAAGGGAAAUGACGAUUACAAUACUUAUCAUUAUAUCGUAUUAAAGAACACGCUUGUUACAUAGAUAAUAUUCUUAUUGUGUUCAAGAUUCAAGCGCCGAUCGAUGCUGUCGCAACUGAUAGGGAAAUUUUCACGCGGAGAAUGUCACGAUUGAACACCAAACACACACACAUAAACACACACGUUAGUAAUUUGCGUGCACAAUCUCUAUUUAUCGUAAGACGAAUUUCCGCGACGUGAGACAUGCUGCGUAUACCAGCACAAUUAGCAGAUGAAAAAGGAGAAAAAUAUGUCGGAAUACGAUCCUCUAUUCAAUGAAUGAAUCAACUCGAUUUAAUCGUCGCGCGUUUAUCAUUAUAUAUUUCUGUCGUUGGUCUUACCGAACCCUCGGCUUCACCGAGCGAUACUUUUCACCAGACGCGACAAAGCUCUGCGCAUCAGAGAGCGAUUUUCUUUUUAAAUGGCCACAAGUUGUUUUUUCUUACGCCUGAAGUGCUUUAGUUUUUCGACAAAUUUCGAAUGUCCUCUUCUUUUUUCUGUAUCAGCGUGCGAACGACAGACGGAUAAAAAUGUAAGAACAAGAUUUGUAAGCAAAUUAUGAAGUUAUCCUUUCGUGCGCAUUACUAUGCAUACUUUAUAUGCCCGCGAUAGAGAAAGCGCAGUCGUACGAGGCCUCUGAAUUUCUUCGAUCGAGAUUGUUGAACCUUUUUUAAUAUCUAGAUCGCUGUCUCGUCUAUGGUAGCCUUGGAGAAUUGUAAGAUGAAAGAAGAGGUGUACGAAGGAAAUUUGUGCAUUUUGCGUGAUGAAUUUCAAUUCUGCGGAACGGUAACAAAACGAAAGAAAAGAACCCCUGAACCCUUCCGGGCAUGUCGCGCGUGACCUAGCCGCCAUUUUGCACGUUUCUACAUAUCAUAUCGCGCCGCAAGAAAUCAGAAAAGAGAGGCUGCCGAUGAAAGUCCAUACCGAACGAUCAUUUAGUUCCUUUCUUUUUUCUUUUUUUUUUUCCUUUUAAAGAGAGGGAAAAGACGAACGUUGAUUAAAAGAACAGGGAUAACGAAAAAGAAAGAAAGAAAAUAGAAUGGUAGCAGAGUGAGAACGUGGGUGGAAGUAUGAGUGGGAGAGUGAAAGGGACAGCAAGCGAGUGAGAAUGGGAGAGAAAGAGAAAUGCUAAGACAUUUGUUUCAGAGUUUUAAUGAACGUUGAUAUGAUGUAGAUUACGUUUUUAAACAAUUAACACGGACAGUUUCUUUCAUUACUAGCUGAACAGUUAGGUGAAUUUAUCGAUUUCGUUUUUCCUCUAGUCUAAACGAAAACGGAGGGAAGUACAUGAGAUUUUUGAUACACGAUCAUGAAAAUUACGAAGACGAGUCUUUGCGUUCUGACGACCGAAGGAUAAUUUCUCGUUUUUGCGUUGAAAAAGAAAAAACAGGAUGUUCGGAUACGUGUCGAUCGUGGCACUUUUAAUAAUGGUGGUAUCUUUCCAGCACUUACUCGUACAUAAAUCCAUACGUAUUAAGUAUAUGCUAACGUAAUGGUCGCCUCUUCGUUUUUUGUUUAAAAUUAUACAAUGUAUUAUUUAAAUAAUUAUAUAACGAUUCGUUUCUUUCAAAGUUUAUGAACUUCGAUCUUUGAUCACAAAAAAUUCCAAGCGUACAUUGGAGAUUCCAUAGGCGUCGCCAUUAGUUUUGCGUUUGCUUAAUAAUCGAGCCAUCAUUUUUUCGCCGUGAGACAACGGAUCCCUUGAAAGAAACAUUAGGCAAGCUAUAUAGCUGUCGAGGACACUUCAGAGAAGCUCGAACAGAUUACAUAAGCAUGCGAUAUAGUUUUCAUAUAUGAUUGCAAAGAAGAAAUAUGUAAUUAUUGUAGAUUUAAAUUAUUUAUAUGUUCAGGCAGCAGCUGGCUUGAUGUAUCUUCGUUCUCCUUGUCAACCGACAUCUUGAAAAAAAGGAGACGCGAUAUCCGUGCGUAAAAACAAGAGGAAGAGUUAUCGACCGAACAGGUUCAAACGGAGAUUAUUAAUUUUGAUCUUCCCGACUGAUGAGAAACCGAAAAAUGGUCACGAAUCUAACUGUGAAAGGUAGAACAAAAUAAAAUAGAUAAAGAGGAAACAAGAGUAAAAAAGACGAAUGUGAAAAAUUCAUGGACAACCUGAAGUAUAAAUUGUUGGUUAAUUGUCGUGAUUAUUCGAUUAAUAAAGAAAUUCAUCGAUUUAGUUCUAAUCCAGUCUUUCACGUGUUCUGCGAUUUUGCGUGCUUUGAACAUUAUUUUGUUACCAGUUAGAGAAGGCAGAAAGUUGAUUCAUAGUCUGAGAAGAAGGAAGAUAUGAUUAUCGUGAUAUGAGAAUCGUAUAUGAUUAAAGGGAUGAAAUCCACGUUAAAUUAGGUGAAUUAAAUUGUAUUCCGUGCAAUUACUAGCGAAUGGACACCGACAUUUCCUUAUUUUGCCUCUUUUUUUUUUUUUUUUUUUGCUUCUUUCGAGAGACUCUAGCGUUAUUCGAUUACAAACAUACACGCAAACAUACAUUACACAAACAUUUGCAAAAUGUAGGGAAAUCAUCAGGUGAGGGAAGAGCCCAUGUAAAAUACUGAAAGUCUAUAUAUAUAAAUACUUACAUAUAUGUGUGUGUAUAUAAUAUACAUAUACAUACGUAUAGGUAUAUACAUAUGAUACGUGCAUACGAUUCAAUUACGUAUAUGUGUGUACAUCUAUAUAAAUAUGUAGAUUAAUUUUUAACGAUAGCAGUUAACGAUAUUGCUGCAUUGUUGUAAAGAGAGAAAGACGAGCUGAAUGGAAGAUGCGCGUGAGAGUGUGAAAGAGAUGGGAGCAAAUGAAAGUGACAUGGAGGGAAACGCGAUUUAGACGGAGAGAAAGGGAAAAAAAAUGAUUAAUUGACUCUUCGAGAACAACUAUAUUCGUCGUUUGCCUGACAUUUUCAUCACCGUUACCACUACAGAGACCACCAGUUUUUUGUUCUUUUCUUUGUCUUCUUAUUACUAUCAUCAUGUCGCACCGUUUCGAAUCACCUAGUAAAUAAAUUGUAAUAAUUGUGUAAAGAAAACAAAUUAAUAAAGUAAUUUAAUAUGUAUAUAUAUGCAUAUAUGUAUGCGUGUGUGGUGUGCAUAUGUAUAUACGUGAGAAAAAGGGAGCGAGAGAGAAAGAGAAAAAAAAAGAAGUUAACUCGCAAAAGGUAUACGUAUAUUUAAUCGCUGCUGUACCGAUCGAGCGAGAUUUAGCGAUGGCUUUCUGUCGCGUUAAUUAAAGCCACGAAUCAAAUAUUUUGCGUUCGAUUCGAUGCUUUGGACGAAUCACAAAUAUCAUAAAUCUAUGAUAUCCUUAUCAAGUGUCUCUGUGGAACAGAAAUGAUUAUUUGAUCAUGUAUGAAGAAUUAGAAACCUCAUUUGAGAACCACUGAGCUUCGAACAUGGAAUUAGAGAUUAUCGUCAUGGGCUAUCCCUGAUGCUCCAGUAGCUACUUCUAUUUGCAAAAAAAAAAGAAAAGGCUACUGUCUUUUCGCUGAUUCCACGGAAAUUCCAAGAUGGACCAUUAAUCGUUCGUAUUAUUCACGAGAAACAAAAAAAAUUAAGUCGAGAAUUCUAUUCGAAUUGCACGUUUUGAACGAUCGUGGCUAAAGUAGCGUAGUUAAGCACUGUAUAUGUCCGAUAUUGUACGCUUGAUGAACAGCAAACGCUUGAAUUGCGAUGAAUUGUAGUUUAUUGUUACGAUUAGACUGCGGAUUUUUAUGCAUUCCUACAGAGUUUUAAAGAUACAAAGAGAUGCACAGAAUGCAUAUAAUGUACCGAAAUAUAUAAAGCAUUCAAAGUAGUAAACUCGUUGUAAUUUUUAAUGGGUAAAACGAAUCUCUAUUUAAGUUUUAUUCUUUUAUUUGUGUCCACGAAAAAGAAAACAAGCUUGCAUAAAAGUUGCAGUCUAGUUACGAUCAUUUCCGAUUUCGUACCGUUUCGUUUUAGUUCUUCGUAUCGUACGAACUAUGACGGUGGUGAGUAAUCGUUUGAAAAGCAAAACGAGGGGAAGAAACUCUGUAUCUGUAAAUUCAUUUCACUGCGGAGUGUAUAUAUAUAUACAUAUAUAUAUAUGUGUGUGUGUAUAUAUGUAUAUGUGUAUAUAUAUAUAUAUAUAUAUAUAUAUUACGAUAUUUUUAAGAACAAGUAUGUUUUUAAAUUAUAAUAGUGAUUAAUUUAAUACGAAAUUCGUCAAUAAAUAAACGAAUUAUAUUUGCUUCCGUUUUCGAUUGGUUCGAGUGGAUGGUAAACAAAAAAAAAAAAAAAAAAUAUCUGUAUUCUUUUUUUACGAGUAAUUUCGUUUCUACACGAAUGUAAAGUUUGAACGAACGACGCAAUAAAAAUUUCGUAUUAAACUUCACGUGUUAUAGGCUCAAUGUUAUCAGUACUCUUUGUAAUCCUGGGAAACUAAUCUCAUUUUCUAACGUGUCUCUUACGUUUAUCGUGUAACAUGUUCUUUCGUUACAAAUAAUUACAAGUCGAAUUAAAAUGGCAAACAGCUGUA